GCGAAACGUUAACGUUUUCAGUAACUGACAGCUGAAUCAGGUGUUAUAUCAACGUUAAUAAGAGAGAAUUUCACUCAUCGGUUUUAGUCUUUCUCUGGAGUGUUUAUUCAGUGAAAAUAUGUCAGAGUAUACGUUUCCUAACAAUCAGCCUGUGGUUUUAUUGAAUUGUGAAUCUGCUUUUGAUACACUGAACUCAAAAGAAAAACUUUAUGCUCAUUAUUUAUCCAAAGCAUCUUGGUACGGAGGUCUCAUCGUUCUUAUCCAGACCUCUGCUGAAAGUCCUUUGAUAUAUUGCUUGCUUCAAAAGCUAUUUCAUGCUCAGUCUGUAGAGGAAUUGAAACGGUUAGCUGUUAAAGAGCUCAGUUUUACUGAGGAUGAAAUUACUGCUCUUUUAGUAUAUGCUUCUGGAAUUUUCUACAACAUGGGAAAUUAUAAAGGCUCUGGAGAUAAGAAAUUUAUUCCAAAUUUAUCAAAGGAAAAGUUGGAAGCCUUGAUUAAAUCCAGUAAUGCAUUCAAAUUAGAACCAGAAAAAAUUCAAAGUUUAUUAUCACACUGCCUUGAAGCCAUGUAUUCUCUCAAAGAUAACGAAAAACAGCUUGGAUUUCCAUUUGUAGGAACAACUACAUAUCUGUCAAAGAAUUUCACAAAGGAAGAUCAAGAGAUUGUGAAAGGCUUUUUUAAACAGCAGGGAAUAGAGCCAUAUAAUUCAAGAUUAUUUAAGACAGUUGAUUCAUCUGGUCACAGCUGUUAUGAAAUUAGACUAGCAUCUGUUUUGCAAACAGAAGAUGAAGAAGAAAAAAGCUUAAUAAGUUCUCAUACUGUCAAUGGUCAUAAGUUUAUCAUAACUAGAGGUGACUACAGCAAGUUAUUACAACAAGUGAAUAAAAAUUUAGCUCUUGCAAAGGAAUAUGCUGCAAAUGAAAAUCAAGCUCAAAUGCUUGAGUUUUAUAGUCAGAGUUUCCAAACGGGAUCUUUAACUGCUCAUAAGGAUGGUUCAAGACACUGGAUUAAAGAUAAAAGUCCAAUCGUUGAGAGUUAUAUUGGUUUCAUUGAGACAUACAGGGAUCCAGCUGGAAUGAGAGGAGAGUUUGAAGGCUUUGUGGCUGUUGUAAACAAGACUAUGAGUGCCAAAUUGUUAGAACUGGUAAAAGCUGCUUCCGAUUUUCUGCCACUGCUGCCUUGGCCUAGUACUUAUGAAAAAGAUAAAUUUCUUCAGCCUGAUUUUACUUCUCUUGAUGUUUUAACGUUUGCUUGCAGUAAUAUACCUUGUGGAAUAUGCAUUCCUAACUAUGAUGAGAUAAGACAAUCUGAAGGCUUCAAAAAUGUUUCUCUUGGAAAUGUGAUACCUCUUUAUAAUACAGGGCCUCCAAAUUAUUUGAGUAAAUCUGAUCAGGAUUUAUGUGAGAAGUAUAAUGUUAAAGCUUUUGACGUGCAAGUAGCUUUGCAUGAGCUUUUAGGACAUGGAAGUGGAAAAUUGUUCAGAAAAGAAACUAAUGAGAAUUUUAAUUUUAAUGUGGAUGAAGUGCGAAACUUAGAAACCAAUGAAAAGAUUUCCAGUUGGUAUGAAGAAGGAGAUACUUAUGACUCAAUUUUUGGGCCUAUGAGCUCUUCUUAUGAAGAAUGUAGAGCCGAAUGUGUUGGCUUAUAUUUAUGCACUGAUCCAGAAGUUUUAAGGAUUUUUGGUUAUGUAGGAGCUGAAGCAGAAGAAAUUAUGUAUACCAAUUGGUUAAGUUACUGCCAGAAAGGACUAGAGAGUUUGCAAAUGUAUGAACCACAGACAGAAUCAUGGCUUCAGGUAUGCUCUGUUUGUAGGCACAUGCCUCAGGCUCGAUAUGUCAUUCUUCAAGUAUUGUUGGAAGGGGGAGGUGACUUCGUAAAAAUUGAAAAGCUGAAAGGUGCUGAUGGCAAUCCUGACCUAUUAGUAACUAUGGAUCGUAGUCGACUGUUGACAGUUGGAAAACCUGUUAUUGGAAAUUUCUUGAAAAGGUUGCAGUUGUACAGAGCUACAGCUGAUGCAAAGUCAGCCAAAACUAUGUAUGACAAGUAUUCAGCUGUCACAUCUGAAGAUCGAUGCCCAUUUUUGCACCACAGAGAGAUUGUUAUGGCACGAAAGAGACCUCGAAUAAUGUUCGUUCUAGCCAACACUAUCUUAAAAGAUGGUAAAGUCCACUUAAAAAAUUAUGAUUCCACUCUUGAAGGUAUGAUUCAAUCAUGGGUUGAUCGUUUCCAAGAACUAGAUGUUACAUCUAUUUUAGAAGAAAUGUGGGAAAAGGAUAAACCUCAUUUUCUUUGAUUUAGCAUCUGUAUGAAACUGAAUGCAAAAUGCAUGGCAUAAAAUUUAUUUUUGAUGAAUAUUUUGAUGUAAACCUUGUUUUUCUUUUAUUCAACAUGGGCUCCAAGUUGGAUGCUUGAAUGUAUGAAAAAAAAAUUUUUUUUGAAGAAUUUUUUGAUUCCCAUAAUUUUUUUAUGUAGCGAUAAAAUUUUAUAUUACUCU